AUGAUUCCACGAAGAAAGCACAACGCCUCCUCCGGCUCGCUGCCGCAAUCCGACGACAAGCACGCCAGCAACGACUACAUCCGUAAUCCUAUAAAGUAUACUUCACUUUCAGUUUCCGACGCCGGCUCUCGGAACGGAUGGCGAGCGGUAAUAAAACGACGGUUCAACCGUAAAACGCUCCAUAAGCGCAUUCCUAUCACCGCGUGGCUGCCGCAGUAUAACGCGUCGAAGGCGAUCGGCGACGUGAUCGCCGGCGUCACCGUGGGCCUGACGGUGAUCCCGCAGUCGCUGGCGUACUCCAACAUCGCGGGCCUGCCGCCGCAGUACGGGCUGUACGGCUCGUUCUUCGGCUGCUUCAUCUACAUCCUGCUGGGCGGCUGCCGCGCCGUGCCCGCUGGGCCUACGGCCAUCGCUUCGCUGCUCACGUGGCAGGUGGCGGGCGGCGUGGUUGAGAAGGCCGUGCUGCUCAACUUCCUCACGGGGCUCGUGGAGCUGCUCAUGGGUGUGCUAGGACUCGGGUUCCUGGUCAACUUCGUGUCGGGGCCCGUGUCGUCCGGCUUUACGUCGGCCGUGGCGCUUAUGAUUGCGACUUCGCAAGUGAAGGACAUGUUCGCCAUAUCCGUAUCGGGCACCACCUUCCUGCAGCAGUGGAUAUCGAUCUUCCGGAACAUCCACAACGCCUCUCUGUGGGACCCCGUGCUCGGAUUCGUCUGUAUUGCACUUUUGCUCUCCAUGAGGAGAAUUGGAAUGAUAAAGCUCGGAGAGACGUCGUCGGAGGGGCCGAGCACGCGCCAGAAGGUGUUGACGAAGUGCAUGUGGCUGCUGGGCACGUGCCGCAACGCCAUCGUCGUGAUCGCCACCGGCGCGCUGGGCUUCUGGUUCGUGGCCACGCACGACGCCCCGCCUUUCCGGCUCAUGGGCGCCAUCCCAUCAGGCGUGCCGACGCCGCAGCUGCCGCCCUUCGGCUACGUGCGCGCCGACAACUCGACGGCAGACUUCCUGGACAUGGUGUCGGAGAUGGGCUCGGGGCUGCUCGUGAUCCCGCUCAUCGUGCUGCUGGAGGACAUCGCCAUCUGCAAGGCGUUCUCCGACGGCCGCACCAUCGACGCCACGCAGGAGAUGAUCGCGCUGGGCGUCGCCAACGUCUGCAACUCCUUCAUGCAGGCCUACCCGGGCGGCGGCUCGCUGGCGCGCUCCGUCGUCGCCAACGGCUCGGGCGUCAAGACCACCUUCAGCGGUCUCUACACGGGCGUCAUGGUGAUUUUGGCGCUGCAGUUCUUCACGCAGUAUUUCGAAUAUAUACCAAAGGCGUCUCUCGCGGCUGUGAUUAUUUCGGCGAUAUUGUUUAUGGUCGAAUAUGAUGUUAUUAAACCGAUGUGGCGAGCAAAAAAACUGGAUUUAAUUCCGGGAGUUGGAACAUUCGUGCUGUGUCUAACACUACCCAUAGAACUGGGUAUUCUCACGGGUGUCGUCGUCAACAUAAUAUUCAUCCUGUACCACGCCGCUCGGCCUAAGUUCUCCGUAGAAAUGUUGAAAACGGAUCAGGGCGUGGAGUACCUGAUGAUCACGCCGGACCGCUGCCUCAUGUUCCCGUCCGUGGACUACGUGCGGCGGCUGGUGACCAAGUGCGCGGCCAGCAGCAGCGUGCCCGUGGUGAUCGAGUGCACGCACAUCUACAGCGCCGACUACACGGCCGCCAAGAGCAUCGAGCAGCUCACGGCCGACUUCCACGCGCGCCAGCAGCCGCUGUACUUCUACAACGUGAAGCCGUCCGUGUGCUCCAUCUUCGAGGCGGUGGCCAAGCCGGAGCACUUCGUGGUGUUCUACGAGGACGACGAGCUGGACCGCCUGCUGGCGGCCGACGAGCGCCUGGCGCCGCGCAAGCCGCCGCCGCUGCACGCCUGAGCGGCCGGACGGAGGCCUUGGCUGUUCUGUGAUCGGGCCCACGGCCCGCAGUCUUCAGUAUUAGGGAGUGAUCGAUAGAAGCUUUAGUCGACUAUUGUCUGCUUAUACGUUUCCCAUAGAGUUAUUUUUUUAUAAACUAUAUUAGUUUCGGAGCGGACCCUAUGAGUCCCCGUGUAUCGUUGUGAUUUAGAAGUAAUGUUUAGAUUUUAUCGUUAAUGAUGCACGCUACCAGAUUAUAAAACAAAAUUAACAUUAAAGGUCGUUGUUGAAAUUGAGAAUAUCUAAUAUGACUACUGUAAAAGUUACAAAAGUGAUAGCUGUAGAGUCUUAAAGGUCAUUUUAUUUAUUUUUAGGUAAAUGAGUACAAGUUAGACUGUAAAACUAUAUUUUAAGCUAAUGAUGUAUUAUAAAAUGUGCCGAGAGCCGCGCGCCGUGAGUGCACGUGUGUGCGAGUGUGCGUGUGUGGGUGUGCGCGUGUGCGCGAGUGGCUGUGACCCUUGAACUAGUAUGGAGUGUGCGCGGGUGUGCGUACGUGCUGUGCGUGUGUGCGUGUGGGUGUGUGGCGGAGCGCGCGGCUGCGUUGGGCUCUAUAUCCAUUCUCUUGUGAUCUACGACUACAGUACCUAUUCAAUAUUAUAUUUUUAUGUAUCAAUAAAUAACUAAAUAAAUGAAAUCUAUUUUAAAUAAAAAAAAAAUAAAGUGAUUAACUAUAAAAUAUAUUAAUAAGUAUAUGGUGCGUUUAAAUGAAUAACAAAUGUUUCCCAGUUCCAAGAACGAAAUAAUACACUCUUAAAGAGUUAUUAAGAAA